AUCGAUGCUCAACCGCUGAGCCACACUCAACCAGGCUCCCUCUCCCUCUUGCCCAUGGCUCUGCUGUGACUCCGACCGACUUACCUAAGAGCUUUGUGGUGGGAAGCGCCAAUGAGGGCCACAUGCUCCAAAGCAGAGCCACCCCACUGUAGCCCUUACCAGCUCUGGGAUCCUGGCCUGGGACUCAGCCCAUGCACCUCCAGGACUCUGUUUGCAGAGGACACGAUGGUAACCUGACCUCCCUCUGGCAGCCUGUUGGUCAGCACUCAGGAAUGUGAGCCCUGCGGUUAGGUGGAUGCUGGGGCCACCUUUUUGCUGCUGGGCCAGAGGGAGGCAUCUAGAGUGCUGGGGCGUGUCCGAGGUGGCAUGUGUGUGUGAGGCCUUGCAGUCCCUAAAAGGCACUGGGGCUUCAGGCCCGACCCUAAACCCAAGAAGGUGCCUCCCAGGAGACCCCCUGAGAACCACAGCCCGUGUGCCUCUGGUUAGGCCAGCAAGAGGUGGGCAUGGAAGGAGGCCCUGGGGAGCCAGCAAGGGCCCUAGGCCUGUCGGUGAAGGGCUGGCUCGUGGGGGUAUUGGGACACUGGCAACCUGGAGGACUGGCCAGCCCUGCAAUACUGAAUGGGAGGGAGGGAGCCCGCACUGGGAGGGAGCCCUGCAUGGGCACACGGGACCCACCGGCAUGUGCUAGCCACUGCUGCCAUGUCCACGUUGGUCCCUUUCCGUGUCUGUGGGCACCUGCCAACCCUGCACCCAUAGUGCUAUGUGUGUCACUGUCCUGUUGGGAACUUGGGGUUGUUGUGCCUGCCUGGCCCCUGUACCAUCAGUCCCAAUUCUCUUGCCCUCAGGGCAUAGGAGGGAGGGCAGGGGUGGGGGGGCUGCCAGUUGUACAGGCCAAUGGCCCCACACUGCUGUCCAGGCCAGGCUGGAGGGAGGCUGACCUUGCUGACCCCUGGCCUCUACCUCAGGCCUGGGGGGCUCUGGAUAUUCCCCGCCUCUUACGACUCUACAGGCCUCCAUGUGGGAAAUAAAUUUGAGGUCAGAAAGCUUGCUUCCAGAGCCAUUCCAGCAGCCAGAGCAGCUGAGUCCCACAUCAGCACCAGUGAGGGCUGCUUUCUGCCACCCACAGACCUGGCCUUUAGGCUGCUCCCAAGCCAAUGAACCCCAUGAACCCCAUGAAACCUGCCCUGCCCUCCGCGCCACACAGUGAUGGUCCCUUUGCUUAUGAGGCGGUGCCUUGGCAACAGAGCGCCACACAGCCCACAGGAUCGCUGUCCGUGGUCACGACUGUGUGGGGAGUUGGCAACACGGCACAGAGCCAGGUUUUGGGGAACCCCAUGGGUCCUGCAGGGAGCCCCCCAGGCAGCUCCAUGAUGCCUGGCGUGGCCGGUGGCAGCUCGGCCCUGAGCUCCGCGCAGUGCCUGGGACAGCAGGCGUUCGGUGAGGGCGGCGCCAGCAAGGGCUACGUGCAGCAGGGAGUGUAUGCCCGUGGAGGCUACCCCGGGGGCCCCAGCUUCACCACUGGGUAUGCAGGUGGCCCCGGGGGGCCUGGGGGUCUGGGCCUCCCCUCCCAUCCCACACGACCCUCCACGGACUUCACUCAAGCAGCGGCGGCUGCUGCCAUGGCUGCUGCUGCCGCCACGGCCACGGCCACCGCCACGGCCACUGUGGCCGCCCUCCAGGAGAAGCAGAGCCAGGAGCUCAGCCAGUACGGAGCGAUGGGGGCCGGACAGUCUUUUAACAGCCAGUUCCUGCAGCACGGAGGUCCCCGGGGGCCCAGCGUCCCCAGCAGCAUGAACCCUGCCAGCCUGGGAGGGCUGAUGGGCCCCUCCGGCAUGAGCCCCAUGGGCAUGAACCCCACCCGGGCAGUUGGCAUGGCACCCCUGUAUGCAGGGCAGCGCCUGCCCCAGCAUGGAUACCCUGGGCCUCCCCAGGCCCAGCCGCUGCCCCGACAAGGGGUCAAGAGAGCCUACUCCAGCGAGGUGUAUCCAGGGCAGCAGUACCUGCCAGGAGGCCAGUACUCACCCAGCACCACCCAGUACACACCCGGGCAGCCCCCUGCCCCCUCGUCCUACCCUGGUCACAGGCUACCCCUGUCCACCUCUGGCCCCCCGGGACUGCACUACAAGCCCACAGAACAGUUCAACGGGCAAGGUGCCGGCUUCACCGGGGGCAGCAUCAGCUACAGCCAGCCCGGCCUGAGCGGGCCCACCCGUUCCGUCCCUGGCUACCCCAGCUCCCCACUGCCAGGGAGCCCCACGCCACCCAUGACCCCCGGCAGCAGCGUCCCCUACAUGUCCACCAGCCAGGAUGUAAAGUCUCCCUUCCUGCCUGACCUCAAGCCCAGUGUGAGCUCCUUGCACCCAUCACCCCCUGGCAGCAGCCCCUGUGACGAGUUGCGGCUGACCUUCCCAGUGCGGGACGGGGUGGUCCUGGAGCCCUUCCGCCUACAGCACAACCUGGCCGUGAGCAACCACGCCUUCCAGCUUCGCGACUCGGUCUACAAGACCCUGAUGCUGAGGCCUGACCUGGAGCUGCAGUUCAAGUGCUACCACCAUGAGGACCGGCAGAUGAACACCAACUGGCCGGCCUCAGUGCAGGUCAGCGUCAAUGCCACCCCUCUCAACAUCGAGCGCGGCGACAACAAGACCUCCCACAAGCCCCUGUACCUGAAGCACGUGUGCCAGCCGGGCCGCAACACCAUCCAGAUCACCGUCACGGCCUGCUGCUGCUCCCACCUGUUCGUGCUGCAGCUGGUGCACCGGCCGGCUGUCCGCUCGGUGCUGCAGGGCCUCCUCAAGAAGCGGCUGCUGCCCGCCGAGCACUGCAUCACCAAGAUAAAGCGGAACUUCAGCAGUGGCACCGUCCCCGGCACCCCUGGGCCCAACGGAGAGGACGGGGUGGAGCAGACAGCCAUCAAGGUGUCCCUCAAGUGCCCCAUCACCUUCCGCAGGAUCCAGCUCCCUGCCCGAGGCCAUGACUGUCGCCAUAUACAGUGCUUUGACCUGGAGUCCUACCUGCAGCUCAACUGUGAGCGGGGGACCUGGAGGUGCCCGGUGUGCAACAAGACAGCCCUGCUGGAGGGCCUGGAGGUGGACCAGUACAUGCUAGGCAUUCUCAUCUACAUUCAGAACUCUGACUAUGAGGAGAUCACCAUCGACCCCACGUGCAGCUGGAAGCCGGUGCCUGUGAAGCCCGAUGUGCACGUCAAGGAGGAGCCUGACGGGCCGGUUCUGAAACGCUGCCGCACCGUGAGCCCCGCACACGCACUCCUGCCCAGCGUGAUGGAGAUGAUAGCUGCCCUAGGCCCAGGGGCUGCCCCCUUCAACCCCCUGCAGCCCCCCUCAGCCCCGGCCUCCAGUGACUACUCCGGCCAGAGUUCCAGCUUCCUGGGACCCGGGACCUUCCCAGAUUCCUUCCCGUCCACCACACCCAGCACACCAACGCUUCCUGAGUUCACCACGGGGCCGCCCCCCAUCUCCUACCAGUCUGACAUUCCCAGCAGCCUCCUGACACCAGAGAAGUCUACGCCCAGCCUCCCAGGCCAGAUGGCACCUGCAGGUCACCUGGACCCAGCUCACAACCCUGGGCCACCUGGACUGCACACCUCCAACCUUGGAGGCCCCCCAGGCCCCCAGCUGCACCACUCUAACCCUCCCCCUGCGACCGGGCAGCCCCUGGGCCCAGUGAGCUCAGGCCCCGUUGGGGAGCUGGCCUUCCACGCUGCCACAGGUGUAAUGGGGCCCCCCAUGUCUGGGGCAGGGGAGGCCCCAGAACCAGCCCUGGAUGUGAGUACCCUGCCCUGUACUGGGGAGCGCGUGGGAGCCUGGCUGGGAGCUGGUUUUCUGUUGUCCCUGGGUGCACACACUGAUUUCCAAGCAAGGGCAAAGCUCUGCGCCCUGGGCACCAUGGCCGCGUGGUCAGAGUCCCCAAGAAAACCGGGCUCACAACCAGCACCAGCCUGAGUGUCUGGUUGGAACAGUCAGCUCACAGGUGGUGUGUGUGCCAGAAUCAAUGCGUGAAGACUGUCCCGGAACCGCAAUAAAAUCAUUAAAGCACAA